UCAGCCUAAACCUCUAACAGAAUUCCAAAACUGCUCUCUCUCUCUCUCUCUCUCUCUCUCUCUUGCCUGAGCUCUAUUUCCAUUUCCAAAAUCUUCUGAUAUGGGUAUGUGUUUUUGAAUCUAAGGUGCUUCCUCUGCAAAAAGUUGGAAUAUGAUGUUCUGGCAUCUUCUUGGCCUUGUGUGGAUGAUCGCUCUGGAAAGGAGCUCAUGUGGGACUGUUCGGUACAGGUUGCAUGUAUUCCUCAAUGCUGAUGGUUGCUUGACAUUUUUGUGAGCUUAAAUGCCUGAUUAUUUUAUCAAAGAGGUCAAUUUCUGCAUUUGACUUGAUAACGGAAUGGAGGACCACACUUUUUUUGUUGGUCAAGAGUUCGCUGAUGUCAAGGCUUUUCGGAAUGCAAUUAAAGAAGCUGCAAUUGCACAACACUUUGAACUUCGUAUAAUAAAAAGUGACCUGAUUAGAUACUUUGCUAAGUGUGCCUCAGAAGGUUGUCCAUGGCGUAUUCGUGCAGUUAAGCUUCCUAAUGUUCUAACCUUCACAAUAAGAAGCCUAGAAGGGACUCACACUUGUGGAAGAAAUGCACAAAACGGUCACCACCAAGCUUCUGUAGAUUGGAUUGUGAGCUUUAUAGAGGAACGACUACGAAAUAAUAUCAAUUACAAACCAAAGGAUAUAUUGCAUGACAUUCAUAAGCAAUAUGGGAUCACUAUUCCUUACAAGCAAGCUUGGCGUGCCAAGGAACGGGGACUUGCGGCAAUUUAUGGCUCUUCUGAAGAAGGAUACUGCCUACUUCCUUCAUACUGUGAACAAUUAAAAAGAACUAACCCCGGAAGUAUUGCAGAGGUGUUCACUACUGGUUCAGAUAACCGGUUCCAAAGGCUCUUUGUGUCUUUCUAUGCAUCCAUAUAUGGCUUCUUGAAUGGAUGCUUGCCCAUAAUUGGGCUUGGAGGAAUCCAACUUAAGAGCAAAUACCUUGGUACUUUACUUGUUGCCACGUCUUUUGAUGGUGAUGGUGGACUAUUCCCACUUGCAUUUGGUGUUUUAGAUGUAGAAAAUGAUGAAAGCUGGAUGUGGUUCUUGUCAGAGUUACAGAAGGCAUUGGAGAUGAAUGUUGAGAAUAUGCCCCAGCUUACAUUUUUUUCUGAUGGACAGAAAGGCAUUGUAGAUGCAGUAAAGAGAAAAUUCCCAAGUUCUUCUCAUGCAUUUUGCAUGCGCCACUUGAGUGAAAGCAUUGGCAAAGAAUUCAAGAACACAAGGCUUGUACAUCUUUUGUGGAAAGCUGCAUAUGCUACCACUACUGCUGCUUUUAAAGAAAAAAUGGUUGAAAUUUCAGAGGUUUCAUCUGCAGCUGCAAAGUGGUUGCAAGAAUUUCCUCCCUCCCGGUGGGCCUUGGUGUACUUUGAAGGAACACGGUAUGGCCAUGUAUCUUCAAAUAUUGAGGAAUUUAAUAGAUGGAUUCAUGAAGCUCGAGAAUUGCCUAUAAUUCAGGUCAUUGAGCAAAUUCAUGGUAAACUAAUGGCUGAGUUUGAGGACCGGCGCCUGAAGAGUAAUUCUUGGUUCUCAGUCCUCACUCCCUCUGCUGAGAAACACAUGAUUGAAGCCAUUAAUCAUGCAUCAAUAUAUCAAGUCCUUAGAUCAGAUGAAGUUGAAUUUGAGGUUAUAUCAGCAGAGCGCUCAGACAUUGUGAAUAUUGGGACACAUUCUUGUUCCUGCCGUGCUUGGCAGCUUCAUGGGAUACCAUGUUCACAUGCUGUUGCAGCAAUCAUUUCUUGUAGAAAAGAUGUAUAUGCCUAUACGGAAAAUUGUUUUACUGUUGCUAGUUACCACAAGGCAUAUGCAGAAGACAUACACCCCAUCCCUGAAAAAGUUGAAUGGGGAAAGAUGAGUGACGGUCCGAUUGAUGAUGAUGAUGCUCAAAUUGUUCGUCCCCCAAAAUUUCGCCGGCCACCAGGACGCCCAGAAAAGAAACGAAUUUGCGUAGAGGACAUAAAUCGUGAAAAACAUACAGUGCAUUGUAGUAAGUGUAACCAAACUGGUCAUUACAAGACAACUUGCAAGGCAGAGAUUAUGAAGAGCAUUGAACAGUUUUAGGUGUCUAAUUUUGUAACUUUAGAGAUCACCUCAUAAACUAGUAGUCAGAGUCUUGAGUAGUGUUACAAUGGUUAGGGUGUAUACCAGUCAUUAGUGCAUGUAAAAUAGGAAAUGUCCAUUGUAAGCAUAUGUAGCUGUAACUGUUAUUUGUAGGCUGUGUACUUGAUAUUUGGUUUAAAAAGCUGGAUAGCUGAGCUUUAUCCUCUACGUUUAUAAGCAAACAUUGCCAUUUUCA